UCAAUGGCAUCCAUUGCAUCAGCGCAACCCGGAAUUCCGCAGAACAAAACAUUUUGCAUAUAUAAGAAGACUAUUGACAUCUAUCACGCGAAAAGAUAAUACCAGCAUACUUGAGUCUCCUGCAAUGACUUCGGAAAUUCACAAAUACGGUACAGGCGAUGGAUGGCACGGUGUUAUUGAAGAGGGCGGAGAGUUUCCGCCCGAGAAAGACAGAUACCAUCUGUACAUAGGUCUAUUCUGCCCAUUCGCUCACCGUGCCAAUCUUGUUCGCCAUAUCAAACAGCUUACAGACAUCAUCUCUCUUUCAGUAGUAAAGCCGUAUCCCAAAGGUAAGGAUGGAUGGCCUGGAUGGCAGUUUCCAGCUACAGAUGACGAAUACCCUAAUGCAACGGUUGAUCAUCUGUUCGGAAGUAAAUACCUCCACGAAGUCUACUUCAAAGACGACAAAGACUACAAAGGACGGUACAGCGUUCCGUUGCUAUGGGACAAGAAGGCAGGACGGAUCGUGAACAAUGAAUCAGCUGAGCUUCUUCGAUGGCUACCAACCGCGUUCAACUCCAUACUCCCGCCUGAGAUAGCGAAAAUAGAUCUCUAUCCCUCCUCUCUGCGCUCUGAGAUCGAUGCUCUCACGCCGGGCUUACAGUCAGAUAUCAACUCCGGCGUGUACAAAGCUGGGUUUGCUACCACCCAGGAAGGAUACGAGAAAGGAGUCGUACCGCUCUUUGCUGCUCUAAAUAAGCUUGAAGCCCUGCUGCACAAGAAUGGAGGUCCUUACGUUCUGGGCUCAACGUUCACAGAACUUGACAUCAGAGUGUAUGCAACCAUCAUUCGCUUCGACACGGUCUACGUUCAACACUUCAAGACAAAUCUGGGUACCAUACGCCAUGACUAUCCCGUGCUGAACAAUUGGUUGAAGAACCUCUACUGGAAUGUGAAGGGUUUUAAGGAGAGCACUGAUUUUAAGCACAUCAAAGAGAAUUAUACAAAGAGUCACUUCGAUAUCAAUCCACUCGCAAUCACACCUCUGGGCCCAUAUCCUGAGGUCGAAGAAGGCUAUGAAGAGAAUUGGAGUACACUGAAGGCCGGUAGGGUGAAGCAUCCUCUAGUAUUGGAUACCGAAAGCAAGCUGUGAAUGUGGCAGGAGAAAGAAAGGGGUUGCAUAGAGCGCUUUUGAUACUCGCUACACUCAAUAGUGAGCCAUCAUCCACGAAUCUUGAUAUUUUCUCCCGAGGAACGACGCCUAGUGCAAUAUUAUGAUUCAGGAAGAUAUAGAGAUCGGGAUUGGCGCUGGUUGGUUUCUCUGUACUUACUUGUAAAGAUAUGUUCCCGCCUCAGAGGGUGCCUCAGAAAAGUUUCAAUUUCAGCAUUCAGGCUUUCGUAACACCUGAAUUGCCAGUACAUGAGAUCUUCUCCCUCAUACUUCG